UAAACGCCUGGAUGCGGCCAUAAACAUCACAAAUCAACCAACGUUGACUAGCCGUUCGGUCGCAAGAUCCCAUCGAGUCCCCAAAUAAAUCAAAAUCAAAAAAUCACCAUGAAGUGCAUCGUCGCCGUCGUAUUCGCCGCCCUCUUCGCCGUCGUCCUGGCUGCCCCCGCUCCCGAUGCAGAUGCUCAGAUCCUGCGCCUGGAGUCGGAUGUCCAGCCCGAGGGCUACAACUUUGCUUUGGAGACCAGCGAUGGCAAGAAGCACGAGGAGCAGGGCCAGCUGAAGAACGUCGGCACCGAGCAGGAGGCCAUCGUCGUCCGUGGAUCCUACUCCUUCGUUGCCGAUGACGGCCAGACCUACACCGUCAACUACAUCGCUGACGAGAACGGAUUCCAGCCCGAGGGAGCCCAUCUGCCCAAUGUGCCCAUUGGCAACUAAGGAGCGGAUUCGAAAACCGAGAGCUGUUCUAUGUAUAAUGGUUUUUAGUUGAUUAUUAAAUAAACGCGGCAAGAAAAUCGAA